AUGACAAGUUACAUUAAGUUUACACCCUUGUCAGGUGCGAAAAAUGAGGAUCCUUUAUGUUACCUACUAGAAAUCGAUGAAGUCAAGAUUUUAUUGGAUUGUGGUUGGUCUGAUUCGUUUGAGGAGGAAGAUUUGGUUAAUUUGAAGAGAGUCGCCAAGCAUAUCGACGUAGUGCUAUUGUCACACUCUGAUUUGAUUCAUUUGGGAGCUUAUCCAUAUGCUCGAAGCCACCUAGGCAUGACUUGUCCUGUCUACUCCACCAUUCCUGUAGCAAAUAUGGGAAAAGUAUGUAUGUACGACAUGUAUCAAUCGAAGACAAAUGAAGUAGAAUUCUCGACCUUUUCUCUAGAAGAUGUGGAUAAUGCGUUCGAGAAAAUUACACCACUGAGAUAUUCCCAACCGUUUGCAUUGACAGGCAAAUGUCAGGGUAUUACCAUUACAGCCUAUGCAGCAGCCCAUACAAUCGGUGGUACUAUUUGGAAGAUCAAACAAGAUACUGAAGAGAUUGUAUAUGCAGUAGAUUUCAAUCAUAGAAAAGAAUAUCAUCUCGAUGGAACAGUGUUACAUUCAGGAGGCGUGGUAUUAGAUUCACUUGUUCGACCCUCUCUACUCAUUACAGACUCAUAUAACGCGAAGGUAGUCAAUCCAGCGCGCAAAGAUAGAUAUACCGCCAUGUUUGAUACAAUGAUGAAUUCUCUCAAAGACGGUGGAUCCGUCUUGAUACCUACCGAUUCUUCUGCACGUGUUUUAGAAGUCUCUUACCUACUGGAUCAGCAUUGGACCCAGAAUCAGCAUCUUACCAAUUACCCACUUAUUAUGUUAUCUAAUACUAGUUAUCACACAGCUCAUUUCGCCAAAGUUAUGCUGGAAUGGAUGGGUGAUGACAUGACGAAAAAGUUCUCUCAAACCCGAGAAAACCCAUACGAAUUCAAAUAUUUGAGAUUGUGUCACAAAUUGGAGGACUUGGAACAGUAUCCUGGCCCGAAAGUAGUUAUAGCGAGCAACUGUAGUUUAGAAACAGGAUUUGCAAGAGACUUAUUUAUCCGAUGGAUGACUUUGCCAACAGAUACGCAACAACCAUCAUCCGAAUAUAACGAGCAUAAUACAUUGAUCCUAACUGAUCGAUCCACUCCAAAUGCAUUAGCACGUAAACUGUUCAGGGAGUGGAAUGAGAAAAGUGAUCUUCUGUUAAACCACCCAAUGGAAAUAGACUCUCCUGCAAAAACUGUUACCACAACAAAAACCAAAAAACUACCUAUUAAACCAGCCAUUCGAUUUGAAGAAACUUUAGAUUUGACUAUUUAUAAACGCGUGCCGUUGGAAGGCGCUGAAUUACAAAAAUAUGAAGCAGCACAAAAAGCUAAAGCUGAACGCGAUGCUGCUCAGGCCUCGCUUUUGGCACGAAGCAAAGCUCUUAUGGAGGAAGACGAAUCAGAUUCCUCUGAUAUUGACGACGGCGACUAUGAGAAUAAUCCGUUGGUCGAGGAUGUUUUAUUGACAAAGCAGUUUGAUCUUUAUGUCAGAGACGCUGGAAAAUCCGGCGGUUUUUUCAAACAAGCGCAAAGUUAUCGUAUGUUCCCUUAUUUGGAAAGAAAGAAACGAAUAGACGAUUAUGGUGAAGCGAUUCAGGUAGAACACUAUAUGAAAGCAUCAGACUAUGAUCGAAUAGAGCAAGAUCAGUUGGAAGAAUCUGCCAGACGAAAAAGAAGAGGCGAGGGGGGAGCUAACUUUGGAAAGGAUGAUGAUAAUGAAUUUGGGGUUGCAAGAAUGGAGAUUGAUGAGCCUAUGCUGCAGGGAAGAGGUCAAAUACCUACAAAGUAUAUCACUAAUCAGGAGACAGUGAAAAUUCAAUGUUUGAUAAGAUAUGUGGAUCUUGAAGGGCUCUCUGAUGGUCGAUCUAUGAAGACCAUUUUACCUCAAAUUGCACCUAGAAAAUUGAUUAUUGUUCAUGGUUCGCAAUCUUCAACAGAAGAGUUGGCAACUGCAUGUCAAAGUCUUAGCCAGUUUACAAAAGAAAUAUUUACUCCUUCCGUGAGUGAGGUAUUGAAUGUGUCGGCAGCUACCAACAUUUACAGAGUGAAACUUACAGAUAGUAUGGUCAGUUCGUUGAAAUUCUCAAAGCUGGAUGAUUAUGAGUUGGCGCGCGUUGUCGGUAGAAUCCAUUUCCCCGAUGAUUCUACUACACCCUCUUUAGAUGUGGCUACAAGUGAUAUACCAAACAAAUACGAGCCUUCUGUUUUUGAGAAUACUACAAGCCGAAGGGAUUCAAGCCGAAUUUAA